CGUGCCCACCCCCGGUGGCUGCUGCAGCCUACGUUGCCUCCGCCACUGCCUGACGCCCGCGGAGCCCGAGCCCGAGCCCGAGCCUGAGCGGCGCUGGGCCCGACGUGGGGCUCCUGGGCCGCGGCGGCGGGCGGGCGAUGCUCCAGCGGCCUGACCAGCCAUGGAGGCCGAGGCAGGAGGCCUGGAGGAGCUGACGGAUGAGGAGAUGGCGGCGCUGGGCAAGGAGGAGCUGGUGCGGCGCUUGCGGCGGGAGGAGGCGGCGCGCCUGGCGGCUCUGGUGCAGCGCGGCCGCCUCAUGCAGGAGGUGAAUCGGCAGCUGCAGGGUCACCUGGGCGAGAUCCGCGAGCUCAAGCAGCUCAACCGGCGCCUGCAGGCAGAGAACCGCGAGCUGCGCGACCUCUGCUGUUUCCUGGACUCGGAGCGCCAGCGCGGGCGGCGCGCCGCGCGCCAGUGGCAGCUUUUCGGGACCCAGGCAUCCCGGGCCGUGCGCGAGGACCUGGGCGGCUGUUGGCAGAAGCUGGCCGAGCUGGAGGGCCGCCAGGAGGAGCUGCUGCGGGAGAACCUGGCGCUUAAGGAGCUCUGCCUGGCGCUGGGGGAGGAAUGGGGCCCCCGCGGGGGCACCGGCGGCGCUGGGGGCUCAGGCGCCGGGCCAACACCCGAGCUCGCCCUGCCCCCCUGCGGGCCCCGCGACCUAGGCGAUGGAAGCUCCAGCACCGGCAGCGUGGGCAGUCCGGAUCAGUUGCCCCUGGCCUGCUCCCCCGAUGACUGAGGGCGCUGCUUCCUCCACGCCAACGCCCACCCGGAUUGCUCCCGGAGCUCUGGGACUGCGAUGAACCUCGGGACCUGGACGCCGUCCUGGCUGCGCACGAGGGGCCACUGGCGUGGACUAAGAAACCCUGAAACCGAGGAGAGCCCCUCGCUCUCGCUGGCGGGGCAGCAGGGGGACUGGAGGCUGGAGCAGAUGGACUUGCUGGGGGUUGGGUGAGGGCUAAUAAACUGGGACGGAAGCGGA